UCCAUCUCCAUCUGUCACGCGGCCACUUUCUCCCUUCUUCUUCACCUAUUUCCUCAAGUAGAAGCCAUUAGCAGCAAUGGAAAUUAAUGGUGAAGUUGCGAGAAGAAAGAUUAUUAGAGAGAUGACGAGCCCCGACCGAGCUCGAACCAGCAACUUUACACAGCAGAAAGAGAAAGGAAGAAGCCUCGCCGCAGCUAUGAGAAAGGUUCAAGUUGUUUACUAUCUUAGCAGAAACGGCCAGCUCGAGCAUCCUCACUUCAUGGAAAUCUCUCAUUUUCCACAUCAGCUCCUUCGUCUGAAAGAUGUGAUUGAUCGGCUCACAGUUCUUAGAGGAAAGGGAAUGCCUUCUUUGUUCUCUUGGUCCUGCAAGAGGAGCUAUAAGAAUGGUUAUGUAUGGAAUGAUCUGUCGGAGAACGAUUUGAUUUAUCCUGUGGAUGGAGCUGAGUACGUUCUCAAAGGCUCGGAGAUCAUUCAUGGCUGCACCCCUGCGAAUAUAGUAGAGCGAUUUCAGCAUUUGCAGCUAGGCAGCGAGAACGCGAGAGCAAGACGGGCCGUGGAAGCAGAGGAUGAGGAAGAGGAAACAACCGGUGAGCAUACCGAGCGUGACCCACAUCUCAUUAGAUGCUCCCGUGGCGUAUCAACGGAUGAGAUUGAUCGAGGUAAGUUCAUCAACGAGCCGCGGGCCCACCGCUCCCGACAUACGGAGAUUGCUCUCGAUGACUCCUCACCGCCGUCGUCUUCCUCCUCCGACAAAGCUUCAGCCGGCGGUGGUGGAAUCCGAACCGGUUGUGCAUCCUUCCGGUUCGACGAUGGUGAAACGACGCCCGAAUCUGGCCAGAACCGCAACUCGAUUCUUCUCCAACUUAUCUCCUGCGGCUCCAUUGCAGUCAAGAGCGGCCGGGCCGUCGGCGGCGGUUUUCUGAAGCCCGCCGCUACAGCUCAGGCAGCCCUAUCCACUGCGGGGAGGAAAUGUACGGCGGAAAAGUUGCAUCGUAUGUCGGAGAAGGAGUACUUUAGUGGCAGCAUAGUGGAGGGGAUGGAGGUGAACGGUCAGACGGCGGCGGCGGAGCCGGCAUUGAAGAAAUCGAGCUCAUAUAACGAAGAAAGGUGACGCCUUUAAAUUUACCGGCGGCAUUUCUGUGUUUGAUUAUUGAACUUUUCAGA